GAAACGUGAACGAAGUAAAUUGAUUUAUUACUAUCAAAGCUAUGAACCACUGAAUUUAAAGUAUAUUUCUGACUAGGAUACAAUUUUUGCAAUUAGACAAGACCCUGUAAAGUAUCAUACAACCAUCAUAAACUAUCACACCCUUCUCACAGACUACUACACGCUAUCAUACACAAUCAUGCACAAUGAUAAACCUUCAUAACGAAAAAGAUAAUACUGGUUUCUUAGUAGAGAGUUUCAUUUUUGAGUUGUUCCAGUACGAAGUCUCACGCACAGCCGAAGUGGUAUUCUGCUCUAUCUCCCGAAGGACGUACUAUUAUAUCUAGAUAUUUUGGGGAUGGUAGGCUAGUAGUGAGAAUGUUCUUAAGAAACGGGAAAUUUUCCAGGUAGUGAACACAAGGGUUGAUAUCACGUGCAGGUUCGACUGGUUGGGCUGGCAAGAAGUCACAAAUAUCAUAUUUUUAUGAUUCUUCGGAAUGGUCCGCACUGACCGUAUAUCGCAAAUUGUAAACUUUGGGAAAGAAGGUUGCAUUCUAGUAGCUGUGAAAAGUUAUGGGAAUGCUUUUUCGGAAUUUAGGAACGAAAAGAAGGAUACUAAGGAUAACAUUAUUUAGGAAUUACUCCAUACGAUCAUAUGACCAUUAUACACUAUCAUAAACUAUGAUACAACCAUUAUAAACUUUUAUACUCUAUCAUAAACUUAUUUAUUAUACAGGCAUUAUAAACUAUUAUACCAGCAUCGUAAACUAUCGUACGCUAUCAUAUGGAAUAUUUCUAUUCUCAUACUUAAAGUAGUACUAUCUAAAAAGAUUUUCAUAUUGCUUCGUGUCCAUUAUCGUCUGUUGCAGUAACGAUCUGGAACUAGUUCAAAUCCAUUUGAAACCCUUGGCAGUCGAAGGCUAAGUUGCUGACUUGUGUCGCCCAGAGACACAACUUUUAAUCGAAGAGAUCAACACCGUCGAUUUUAGAAGUUUGAUUGAUAAUAUGAAGAAACGCUUAGAUUUAGUAGGAAAAAUCGUGAGUUUAUGCCUAAUGCUAUCGGCAAUUGACGCGAGUCCGUAUCAAAGAGGAGAAGAAAUAAAACUAGAAAGGACAGAGAUUAAAUUCUUAUCAACAAAUGAUUUAGUAAAGGUCAACAGAGUUAAACGGAGCGACGUGCAUGGAGAAUGCAUAAAAGGUACGACUGGCCUCCUUGGUGGUACGCAAGUACUAACUGGCGCUGCUAUGGGUGCUCUAAUUGGCAGCACUGUGCCUGCUCUGGGCACUGCUAUAGGCGCAGUAAUCGGGUUUCUUGUAGGUGGCGUUGGGGGCGCAGGUAUUGGUGCAGGUAUGGGUGCGAUCUUAUGUCCGAGAAGUGACAAUCUCAACGAAGCAAAUUUAAAUCUAGAUUUAGGAAUAAUCGAAGAUGACAGUGAUAUAACGAUAUUGAACGAACUUAAAAAGUUAAAUCAAGCUUUGGAUGUUAACUAUUUAUAUAUAAUCGAAAAAAAAGAUAUUUCGGCUAAAGUAGUAGCUUCAAAGUUUAGUAUCUAUGAAACAGAUACCAAUGUAAUUGUUAAAUAUCUGAUUAGGCGUAAUUUAAUCGACACUUCUUUAUUACUGAGACAAUGGUCGACCAUGUUUAAGGAACAGCAAAGAGAAAUGGAACGGCAAAUUAAAGAAGACAUUCCUAGUUUUAGUAUCGCGCAAAAAAGGACAUGGUUGGAUGAUAAAAAGUCUCAGCUCAGAUUUCUGUUCCAUAGUUUGGCGCAGAACAUUUUUAUAAUUAAAAAUGACGAGUACAUAAAGAAACUGUAUCACAGGGUCCAGUCGUUGGAAAGUGAUUUGAACUCUUUAAAAAAUAAAAUUGAGAUGAUGGGAAAUGACAGUUCUAUAUUGUCUCUGUGCGGAUCUGAAGCCAAUGCUAUUUCGGUAUACAGUCGCUAUGUGCCUGUCGUUGGUGAAGUAAUCGAAGAUUAGACUUACCUAUUCAUCCACAAGUGCACCUGCUCACGAUGGGUCACGGUCAAUGGGUCAGCGUCUUUGCCGCUC